AUGACGUCUUCCAACCGGAGCGAGAAAUGGCAACUGAGCGCUUACGAACGCCAGCGACUCCCCCACACAGUUGUCACAGACGAAACGGAGGUCAUCGCUCACGAAGAGAGCUUUCGCUCGAAUUUAACGUGCCCCAUCUGCUUCGGCUUGUUCAGGAACGCUGUGGCGACGACGGAGUGUCUUCACCGCUUUUGCGAGGAGUGCAUCACUACGGCGCUUCGCAGAUGCAACAAGGAAUGCCCGACGUGUCGCCGCAAGCUCGUCUCGAAGCGGUCGCUGCGGCGGGACUACCGCAUGGACGCGUUCAUCGCCGCACUUCUCCCCAGCCACGCCGAGGAGCCCGCAUCGCUCGCCGAGCGCGUGACUGCUUCGCCAGGCGUGCAACGCGGUGCUCCAAAACAAGCAUGUGAGAAGAACAUCGUCAAACACAGUGACGUUGGCCAGAAGCGCUGCGGUAAGAAUACUAGCGUUGGGCCAAACUCGACGGCGAUUGGGGGCGAUCUCGCUCCGACGACGGAUAGUGUGGGUUGCGCCGAAGAGAAAGCAGACGUUCUGCAAAUCUCGGCGCUGACUUUGCCGACGGAAGAGCGAAGGAGUCUGAACGAACAGCAGCCCCGGCAGGAAGGCCGUGCAUCACCAGCGUUGGCGGCGGGUGGCGGCGACGUCGCUCGUAAAGGAUCGGACCGCGAGUUGACCUUGCGACGCGACGAGGUGCCUCAAGGAACGAGCGCUGGCGCUCGCUGUGCUGAUGCCAAGGUGCCCGUAGAAGGAGCCCGUGCGACGCCACCUCCAAGCGUCACAUUGGCCGUGGUAGCACGGUCCGUGUCCAACGCCGCGUCUGCUGCUGCUGCGACGCCGCAGGUUGAUCCCGACGAAACGUAUAUGGGCGAAGAGACAAGACGCACGGCCCACACGGCUUCUGCAAAAUGCAGCGAGCCGACUCGGCCGGAAGAUUUCUGCGCAGACACCGUUGAAACGCCCGGAGUUGAGAUGGGCCAAUCAGCAGCAGGUGCUGACGCCACGCCUGCUGCUGCUGCCGCCUCAGACCGCGAAUCCAGCGCGGCCUUUGCCGUCUCGCCACGAUGGGCCCGCAGCAACCUGAUAGCGAUAACGCUGAAGCCGCACCUUGACGUGUUCUUGGAAAACCCCGAGUCUCCGACGCUGCAUAUAAGCGUGUCAGCUCGAGUCACGAUCCUGUAUAUCAGCUCGUACCUCAAGAAACGUCUUUCUCGGAGCAGCGCGAAUCGUAAGGGUCGGCGAUUCCCGAUGUACCGCAUAUACGCGGCCAGCGAGACGGGCGAAUUGGUCGCACUCCCUUUUGCGAUGACAGCGGAGGAUGCCGUCAAGAGAAUCCAGAAAGCCGGUGUGCCGCUGGAAAUGUACUACGCGCUGCACCAAGCUUGA